UUUUAACUGAUUUAAUUUUACUUGAUUGUCUAGUUUAAACUAAGACCUUCCAAAUUUUCGAUAUAGGUUUUUAAAGUUCACGAUCCAGUUGGCCUUUAGAGUACCUGAUAAUUUUUUUUUCUAAAUUUCAGUACUACUGCUAACCAAAGUUUCAUUAUUUUUCUGAGCAGCUCCUACGAUGAUUCGACAUGCCUAGUGACGAGGUUGCACGGGACGUAGCGCGCAAAUUGCGCUAUUAUAUGCAAGUAGAAAGACUGGAAGAAGGAUUUGAUUUGACCGGACCUGAAAUUCCGAGGAGACAUUACGAGACCAAACGCAGACCUCCUGUGUACAGCGGAGCAACUUUGCAUGAUAAGUCCCUUAAAGCAUACUUUCGUGAUGACUCCAUUAAGCACUUUCUACGAGACCUGUCUCCAAAUCAUCCUGCUGCAAAAGAAAAGAAGUCCUCGAGCAGAACAAAAGCCCAUGUUAACGAACUGCAAUACCACAUGGCCCAAGCGGAGUUCAGAGAACCAUUCGAUCGUGUCGCCAGUGGUCAACGAUCGCCAAAUAAAGCUUACAAACUGAAUGUUAAACGACCGCGACCACAAUCGGCUUUUCCUAGUGGCAUCACCACGUUGCGCAGAACAACGCCAGUGUCAGUUUCGCCUCUUGAAGCCCAUAGGCUAGUGAAUACAGCAGCAAAAUUACUAGUUGCCAGCGAAACAGUCGCUGUCAAAUCAGGAGCUUUACAAAGGUCAUCUUCUGCUAUGAAAAGAAAAGAGGACCAGAAGAAUCUCCGCUUACCAGAAGUUGCAGCAAAGCGCAGACGUUCAAAGAGACUCCAAAAGAGGAACUCCGCGGCAAAAAACAAACUUGCAGGCAAUAAAUUGGAUAUCAAAGAAGAUGAGUCGGAAUAUGUUAAGCCCUUGACAGUUGAAGACAUUGAAAUCCAGGCUGUUCACGAGGAUUCCGUGAAGAUUGAACAAGAAUACAAACUGUAUGUCUACACGGGUAGCAAAAGAGGUCUCGCUCCUGAUGUAUCGGUGAAACUUAAGUUGCACGGAAAACAAAUGGAAAGCAGCUGGAUCAAAUUGACCGAUUCUCUAUCAAAUAAGGUCAAAUUCAGGAUUAAUCAAAAAGAUGUGUUUUCAAUGAAUACAGAAGAUCUCGGAGAUUUGACGGCUAUCUCAGUUGCGCACAACAAAGCCGCGCCUGGGUGCAAUUGGCUGCUGAACAAAAUAGAAGUUGAAGACACCAGACGGGGCAAGUUGUACGUGUUCAACUACAAUGACUUUGUGCCUCACGGAAAGACUAGUGCGAUCGGAAUGCGGAGGAUUGACGUCAGUUCCGUCAAAAAUAUUGGAAACAUCUCUACUCGCUCUACCGAAGGUCCUUCUCUGAGGAGUCUCGAGGAGCAGGCCAGUGACAAAUCUUUAUCCAGUAUUUCCAGUGCACAUCCAGUUCCGAAGAAGUACGAAGAGAAGGCCGCUGUCAAAUCUUCAUCCAGCAUUUCCCCUGAACCUCCCAUUCCUAAGAAAGAAGAGGUUCCCAAAAAGACGCCGCCUCCUGCUCGCAAGCGCACCCCUACUCCCAGUUUAAGUAGCAGUGUCAGUUCCAGCAGGAGAAGCAGUCAGGAACGGGUUUCGGAAGUUUCGGAAGAGGCGGAGGCUGAUAAAAGUCAGAGCAGCGAGAGUGAGAGCGAGGCAUCCUCUUCCAAGUCCGACACCAAGUCAGACGACGCUACCGAAAAGGAAAAAGAUGACUCAGUUCCUCUAGUUGUUGAAACAGUAGAAGACAAUGAUAUCUUCGCGGAGCAGACUCCGGUCACACCAACAGACAAAAUUGAGUUCGGAGAAAUGGAAGAAAAAGAAAAGACCCGGAAGCCGGUGCCAGAUGAGCGAUUCGUUGAACCCAUAGCAGAUGUUCAUUCGGAGCCUGACGAAGUUGAGUUCAAAUCGGUAGCCGAAGAAGAGGCUAAAGUUGAAGAAGGGCAAGAACAGAUCAAAGAACCGGAGCCGCCAAAAGGUCUGGAACCUGAGGUUGUAGUUCCGGAACCUGAACCUGAGCCGGAACCAGUGGUCGUUGAGGUAACCGGCGAGGAGGCCAAGCAAGAUACUCAUAGAUCUUCCAUGAGUUCGGAAGAAGGUUUUCUGGAGGAAUUAAAUUUGAUCAAGAAUUCUAGUUUUUCCGACCAGGAUAAACAACCGGACCACUGGAUGCAGUUUGGUGGUUGUACCCUAAAGUGUGUGGACUGUACCAUUCCCUUCAGUGACAACAGAUACGCCUGUCUCGUCUACAACAGAAGUGCCCACUUUGCAGGAGUCACCCAGAACAUCCGUGACACAGUCAUCGAUGCCUUCAACACAACAGGCGGCAGGUACAAAAUUACAGCACAAGUCAAGCUCGCUGAUAGCGUCGCAUCUUACGCACAUGACAAAAUAACCUGCACUCUACACUACAAACUGCAAACAGACACUCGAUUCCAAUCGAUGAAGGUCACUGAAGUUGGUCACGUGAAGUCCACUACCUGGUCAUACAUUGUGGGGUGGGUGGAGUUGAACUUGAUUCAGAAGAAUGGGACUAAUUUUUUUGCUGUGCGGCUGUGUUUUGACGGACCAGAGGGAGACAAGGACUUUUUAGUGAGUAAUGUGGUCCUGACUCAGGAGUACGCAGAGGAUGAGACAAGGAAAAACAACGUCAUCAGAAACGGAUCCUUCAACGACUUCGUACUAACCCCUCAAAACUGGAAAGGGGUGGGACAAGCUCAGAUAGCUCUUUCCAACUCACUCUAUCGGGGGUCCAAGCAGGGCUGCAUGACUGUAGAACGCCCCUUCGCCUACAGUGGACUAGCCCAGAGUAUCCUUGACAUCGUGGAACCAGGGAGACAUUAUUCGUUCACUGCUUAUGUCCGGAUAGUGGCCGGGGAGAGGGAGGGGGAGGAGAAAGGAAAUCAUUGUGUGAAGUGGAUCCUAAAAUACAACUGCGGGGACUCCAAAGGGGAUAUUGCUUAUGAAAUUGCGAGAGCCGAGAAAGUGGAUAGCUCUAAGUGGACCAAAAUUAACGGAGAACUGAACAUGACUGAGCUGAAAACAUCCACUGGUCGGCCAGUACUAGCAGCUACCAGUCACAAAUCAAACAGGAAUGUCGACAGCAAACCACGGGACCAAUUUGGACAGCCGUUAGAGUAUUGCACCUUCCAUUUUGAGACGACACUCGGCAUUAAUUUGUGUGUCGCUGGUCCUCGCAUGAUUGACGGAGGCAAGAUUAUGAAGCCAACUAUUGAGCAACAAACCGCUGAGCCGCUGAGUGGUAAGUCGUCUCCGAGUAGCAGUGAUGACGAGGGUGACGAGAAGAAGGACUCGGAGAAGGAGAGUCCUGUGGUCUCUGCCCCAUCACCGAAACCAGAAAUGGAGCCCAUUAUUGAUACCACUUCUAUGAAACAGAGAGAACAAGAACAGCAGUUGAAGAAUCUGCACCAGGCCAUCGAGAAGGGGGAGAGAGACCAAGUGAUCUCUUUACUCAAAGCAGACCCAGAACUCAUCGGUCUGGCAGAGCCAAGCAUGCAGUUCACCGCCGCCCAUCAGGCUGCCAUCCACCAGAGGCCAGAUAUGCUCAAGCUCCUCUAUGACGCUGGAGCUGACUUCAACGCGGUGUCGCGUGCGGGCUUCAUGCCCAUCCACUACGCCGCCUGGAACAACGACGUCCAGUGCCUCGAGCACCUCCGGCUCACCGGGGCCUCCCUCAACGAACUCACUGUAGAUAGACAUACACCAUUACACAUCGCCGCCAUGCGUGGCAACAAAGAAGCCGUCAAAUGGCUCAUGAUUAAAGGAUGCGUGCUGAACUACCGCGAUAGUCUGGACCGAACCCCUGCCGACGUUGCCUCUCUGAACGACCACGACACUAUCUCGAUUUUAAUUGCCAAAUGCGUGAAUAGACUGAAACAGAGCCAGGACAUAGUUGAAAUAAUUACAGAUACAGAUUUAUCCGCAGCUGUGAGUCCCAUGUCCAGUUUAACAGCCAACGGACCAGAGAUUCUGGACAGUUUGACCCAUCAGGUUAAGAGUAAUCAAGGCGAUAUAGGUGACCUCCACGGGGCUAUUGCACGCAAUGAUGAAAAUGAAGUGAGGAGCAUUUUGAAGGGAAAACCGCAUUUGGUCAAUCUUCCGAACAACAAGGGCGAGACGGCCAUCCAUGUGGCUACUAUCAACAAGAGGCCCAACAUAA